UAAACCUCAUUUCCGUUUCUGUAAAUCUGUAGAGAAAUUGUCUUAUGGUUCUGUGGGCAAACAUUCAACACUGCAAAAAAGAAAGAAAAUGACCUGUGUGGAGUUAUACACUUCACCGGUCAGUGGUUUUAUUCUUAUGGCUGAUCGGUGUCAGCGACCCUACGUAGACACCUGAACAUCACACCUAGUCGUGGGCCACAACGCUGGAAGCACACAGUUGUACAGUUUCCUUUAAAUGUAAACAACAGGCUCAAACACUGUUCCAGCAAAACAAUGAACCUGUGCACAAGCUAAAGCCAGCUCCAUGAAGACAUGUGGAGUGAAAAAACUUGGAAAUGCCCUGACCCUGAAAACCCCACUGAACAUCUCUGGGAUGAACUGGAACUGGAUACUCCUCAACAUCCUGACAUCAUGUCUGAUAUGAUCUCACUAAUGCUCUUGUUGCUGAACGAUUCCCCACAGACACACUCCAACAUCUGGUGGAAAGCCUUCCCAGAAAAGAAGAGUGGAGAUUGAUGGGUACUUUUGAUGGUGAGACAUCCACAAUAACAUAAACAUCAACAUAACUCUGCACAAUGGUAUAAACUAUAUUACAUAUCUAUUACAUAAUACAUUGCGUAUUCAGUCUAUCUCAGAUGCACGUUGCCGGUUGUAGAAAAAGGGAGUGAAGUGAUCAUCUACAUUCCACCAAUCAGAAGCCGAGCUCGGUCCUGACCACUAUAAAGCCUCCAGACCUUUCUCACAUAGUUGUCUUCCUCUUAAAGCCCAAGUCUUAAUGCAGGACAGUCUACUUUUCUGGCUCUUCUCAACCUGAGCUUGGAUGUGCAGUCAGUCUUUCCUGUGCGCACCGGUGGAUGAAUAAACCCAAGCGUCAUAUGUUUCAUUUAGAGGAGUUCCGUGUUUUUAUUCCGACUUCCAAAUUUCCACAGUAAUGGCUAUCAAUACAGAUGCCGAGUUUGAGAGGAGUGAAAUAAGCGAGAGCAGCGGAGGAGGAGUCGGCGGUGCAGGAGGCGGCGGGACCGCGACGGAAUUCAGAGACACGCAGAAACUUCUUGGCGUCGUCGUGGACGACGGUAAAGACGGGCACGACUCCCGUUCCGACUCCCGACGACCCAGUGUCAGGUCGCUGAAGUCGCUGAAAUCCCUGAGCGUUGAGCAGAACAGCUACAAGUCCACAGGGACCGGAGGUCUCCAGUCACCGCCGCGCUCUCCGGCACCGGAGCGCAACGAGCCCGAGCCACGCAGCUACAUGUGGCUCGCGCUCUUUUCGUGCUUCUGUCCCGCACUGCCGCUCAACGUCAUCGCACUGUACUUCUCACAUGCGUCCCGCUCCAUGACCCAGGCUAAGGAUUAUGAUGGAGCUAGGAGACUGGGACGGCGUUCGAUGCUCUUCAGUAUCAUGGCCAUUGCUGUUGGUCUGAGUAUAAUCAUUUAUCUGGUGAUCACAGAGAGCUGAUGCGGUGUCGUGUAGGAAGCCUUUAUAUCACGGACGAUCGGUCUGGCAUGCUGCGUCUUUCCCAGAACGUGAACGCCGUCCUCGAGAUCUUAAAGGACUAGAAUAUCUUGCACUACAAUUACAAACAUACAAAAGUGUCAUGCCUUAUCAUAUCUCGGACAAUAUGCGAAAUAGUUUGGAUUCAUUCCUCGUGCAUGCUCGGUCUCCGUCCGCUGAGAUAGCAGACGUCAUCCACGUGGGGCGUGUCCUAUCUGAAGGGUGCAGCCAGAUUAACUGCCCUGAGCUGAAAUCUGCCAUUAAAAGCUUGAAAAGCAGAAAGAAACAAAAAUUCACAAUAAUUCUAUGGACAAUGAUGAUUUCUAUAAAUUCUAUAGAUUUUCGUAACUCCUUCAAUCCAAAUGCAAGCGUGUUAUUUGUAUUUUAAUCAUCAAAAAUGAUACAUUUGGGGGGAAAAUGGUUCGUGCACAGCAAAAAAAAGUGGGGGAUGAACUUGAAUAAUAAUAAUAAUAAUAAUAAUAAUAAUAAUAAUAAUAAUAAUAAUAAUAAGUUUGCUGAUAUUGUUUACAUUUGCUUCUUUGGUUUGACACAGUUUCUGAAUUAACAGAUCCCCCCACCCCCACCCCCCCCACACACACUCUGACAAGCACAGAGUUUAUGAUCCCCAAACCACCAACUGAGCCACAGGUGAGGCUUUUUAAAAUGUAUUUAAUACAGUUUUAUGCGUAAAUAAGUAAUAGGAAGGUGGCUGGUCCGCAUCCUGUGCCAUUUACAUUGACGCAGUGCUUGUAUGUCUUGAAAUCUUUAAAGGUUUGUUACAUCAUAAUAUAUGCAAAUGAGGUGUGAAUAUUGUAUGAAGCAUCAGAUUGUAUGAAACAUUAGUUAGACAUGUUUUUCAUGUAUUUUCAAGCACAUUUCUUGCACGUCUUGAAAUA